AUGCAAACGAUUCAAGAUACAAAGAGAUAUAUAGAGCGAAAAAUAAAAAAGUUGAAUUAUAUUCAUACAAGACUACCAGAAGGAUAUGAGCAAUUAAAUAGAGACUAUAGACAGUUGAGAGAUGAAGUUCCUAUACUUAGAAAUGUUAUUUCAUCAUUAUCUAGUUAUGAGUAUGGAGGAUCAGUUAUGAAAAACAUUUCACACUGGGCAAACAAAAUCUCAAAAACUACAAGUGUAGCUUCACUUAAAAAAGAUGAAAUUUACACAGAUAUUUCAUUUGUUGGAAAGGGACUUUCCCACUCAAUAACAAAUCAAGAAACUCAAAAAGUAUGUAAUGAUUUUGGAGUUGCUUUCCAGAAGAUUGCAAAUGAUAAAGUUAGAAUGAAUGACGAAUUGAUGAAAAUAGAUGAAGAAUUACUAAGAAUCAAAGAAAAGUCUAAAGAAGUUGAUAAAAAAAGAAGACUUGUAAAUGAUUCACGAUAUGAUGCUGAAGAAUUACAACAAAUGAAUUUUUUUAAAGAGGAAGAUAAAGAAAGACUUUUGAAGAUAUUUAAUGAUAAUGCUGGUGAAGCAAUAAACAGUAUGAAAGAGUUUAACGAUUAUAAAAAGUUAAAUGAUAUUAUUAAGAACAUUUGUAUGAUUUAUGGAAAAUUCUGUGAGAAGGCAAGUAAAGAUUUAGAAAUUGAAGAUUUGAAAACAGAAGAAGAAUAA